UAUGGACACAGCGCUGUAUGCCCAUGUCCCCCUUUCCUUUCUGCCAACCUUCUUCUCUCGUUCAAAAGGUGGUCAAGCUACAUAGAACCACAAAAUCUAACAAGUGUCUCAGAAUUCUUCCUCAUGGGACUCUCAGAUGACCCAGAACUUCAGCCUUUCCUCUGUGCCCUCUUCCUGUCCAUGUACCUGGUCACUGUGCUGGGGAACCUGCUCAUCAUCCUGGCCAUCACCUCUGACCCCCACCUCCACACCCCCAUGUACUUCUUCCUUUCCAACCUGUCCUUGGCUGACAUCAGUCUCAUCUCCACCACAGUCCCCAAGGUGAUUGUGAACAUCCAAACUCACAGCAGAGUCAUCUCCUAUUCAAGCUGCUUGACACAGAUGUCUAUUUUUAUCUUUUCUGCGUGUAUGGAUAGUAUGCUUCUUACUGUGAUGGCCUAUGACAGGUUUGUGGCCAUCUGUCACCCACUGCAUUACAUGGUCAUCAUGAACCAACGCACCUGUAGCUCCUCAGUUUUGGUGUCUUUUUUUGUUAGCCUUUUGGACUCCCAGCUGCACAAUUUGAUUGUGCUACAAGUUGCCUGCUUUAAGGAUGUGGAAAUCUCUCAUUUCUUCUGCGACCCUUCUGAAGUCCUCAAGCUUGCCUGUUCUGACACUUGGAUUAAUAACAUAAUCAUGUAUUUCUUUGGCACUAUCUAUGGUUUUUUUCCUAUCUCUGGGAUCUUUUUCUCCUACUAUAAAAUUAUUUCCUCUGUUUUGAGAGUACCGUCAUCAGGUGGGAGGUAUAAAGCCUUCUCCACCUGUGGCUCUCACCUAGCAGUUGUUUGCUUAUUUUAUGGAACAAGCCUUGGUGUGUACCUCACCUCAGCCAUCUCACAAUCUCCCAGGAAGUAUACAGCAGCCUCGGUGAUGUACACUGUGAUCACCCCUAUGCUGAACCCCUUCAUCUACAGCCUAAGGAACAAAGACAUCAAGAGUGCCAUAUGCAGGCUUAUCAGUAAAGCAGGCUAA